UAUUAGUUAUUGUAUCGCGGGCGUCAAACACUAAUUUGCGAGUGCACGGAUCUAUUUUUGGUCGCCGGCGGUUGCAGAAGCAGACGGACUUGGCGGCAGGAUAUCGCUGCUCGACGUCAAAGUUGAAGGCUGCUCUUUACAAAGUGCAGAACUUGAGUUUAAAGGAACAAGAUACAGAACAAAAUGCCGUCAGGAGCCCAUUUGGGUCCCCAAGUAAGGGACAACAACGAUGGGUCUAUUUGUGUGGAGUACCAACCUAAGGCCCGGGGACGCCACGAGAUCCAGAUGUCGUAUGACGGAGCCCCAGUCGAAGGAAGUCCGUUCUCCUGUGUGGUGGACGCGAUCGAUGGCGGGUUCGUCACGGCGUUCGGCCAGGGGCUGGUGGGCGGUUCCAGCGGACAAGAAACGGAAUUCACUGUUGUCGCCCAGAAAGGAACAGCCAGAGACAUCAGUAUUGGUAUCGAGGGUCCUAACAAGGUGGACGUGAAGCGGGACGACAAGAGCGACGGCUCCACCCACGUCACCUACGUGCCCAUGCAGCCAGGCGCCUACAACAUCAGCAUCAAGUACAAGUCGAAACAUAUCAAAGACUCGCCAUUCAACGCCAAGGUAUCCGGUGAAGGACGAAAACGAGUCCAGUUCUCUAUCAGUAACAGCAGCGAGUACUCGCUCAAGGUGAUAGAGGCCGACAUUGUGGAUCUCGUAGGGACCAUCAAGAGCCCCAAGGGUCAAACUGAACCGUGCAUCUUGAAGAAGCUCAGUAACGGCGAACUUGCAAUCGCAUCGUUCACUCCUCACGAGCAGGGCGACUUCGUGAUCAGCGUGUACCGCGGAGAGAAGCACAUCAAAAACAGUCCGUUCAAGGUGCAUGUCGGAGACAAGGAGAUGGGGCAUGCCGGGAAGGUCAGCAUCAGUGGCGCCACCAGCAAGGCCACAGCCAACAAAAGCAAUGAGCUCAUUAUUGACACGACUGGAGCAGGCUACGGAGGACUCGGACUGUCCAUUGAAGGACCGCACAGGUCCGACAUCGACUGCGUUCACGUUGAAGGCCGGAAAUACACGAUUCACUACUCGCCCCACGAACCCGGGAUCUACAUCCUCAAUGUCAGGUUUGCUGAUGACCACAUCCAAGGCAGUCCUUUCCUUGUAAGUGUUGAAGGAGAUCCGUCCGGUCGAACCCGAGAGACGGUCGUCAAGGAAAUGAAGGCUGCCGAGGCACACCCGGUGGGUGACCAGUGCGUGCUCAUCCUCCAGCUGCCGGGUACCAAUCCGUUUGACAUGGAGGCGUCUGUAGCUGACCCGGAUGGAACUGUUGAGUUAUGUGACGUCAUAGAUGAAGAUGAUUUCCACUACCUGAUCCAGUUCACCCCGAAAGUGACGGGCGUCCACACCCUGAGUGUCAAACACAAGUCUCUACAUAUAUCUGGCAGUCCAUUCCAGUACACUGUGGGUCAGCUUAGUAUGGGUGGUUACCACAAGGUUCAGGUUGGUGGGCCAGGCUUGGAGCGUGGAGAAGUGGGAAGGAAAAAUGUAUUCAACAUCUACACCCGUGAGGCCGGACCAGGCACGCUCACGGUGGCGGUAGAGGGCGUAUCGAAGGCGGAAAUCAAACUGGAAGACCGACCCAAUGGUUUUUUAGGAGCUAUAUAUACUGUCACAAAACCAGGUAUGUAUGGAAUCCAUGUCAAGUUCAACGAUCAACACAUACCCACGUCUCCGUUCAUGGUAAACGUCGCCCCAGACAGCGGCGUGGCUAAACAAGUGACAAUCCAGUCUCUCAGAGACAGAGGUCUCGAGAUUGGCAAGGCGGCAACCUUUUCGGUCGCUUUCAAUGGCGCCAAGGGUAAACUGCACGUGACGGUCCGGACACCGACGGGAAGUAUGGAGGACUGCAUGACUCAGGAAAUGGACACUGGUCUCUAUGGAUGCAGGUUCAUCCCAAAAGAGAACGGUGUGCACUAUCUGGAUAUCAGACUUGACGACGCGCACAUCCCAGACAGCCCCUUCGCCAUCAUGGUGGGUUCGAUGGCGGCAGACGCAGCAAUGGUCACAGCAGAUGGAGAGGGACUCGAUCACGGGAAAUGUGCGGCCAAGGCCAAGUUCGAAGUGAAGACAGCUGGGGCUGGAUCCGGGAUACUAGCUGUUAUGAUCGAGGGUCCGUCAAAGGUGGCGAUAAACUGCCGCGAGGUCGACGAGGGUUACGAAUUCAGUUAUACGCCAUUCGCCGCCGGCAAGUAUUUGAUAACCAUCAAGUACGGCAAUAUACCUAUUGCUGGCAGUCCCUACCAGGCAGAAAUCACCGGUUCUGGUCGAAAGCCGUCCCCGCUGACUGAGCAGUCCUCUAUGGUAGUGGAGACUGUGGAGAAGAAGGUGGGAGCCCACGUGAAGAAACAUCAUCGCGGAGACGCCAGCAAGGUCACGGCCAAAGGUCCAGGUUUGAAGAGGGCCUUCACCAACAGAAACCUGAACGUUACAAUCGACACCAGAGAAGCAGGUCAAGCUGUCCUGUGUGUCGGUAUGAUUGCGCCGAGCGGCAUGCCGGAACCGGAACUCCAGAUUAAGAAGCUAACCAACACGAGUUUCCAGAUCAGCUACAAGGUUCAGGAGAUUGGCGAGCACGUGCUGCACAUUAAGUGGGGGGAGGAGGACAUCCCCGGCAGCCCCUUCGUCCUAAACACGUGAACAGUUCCACACCGUCAAUCAUGAAUUUACAACACACACACACACACACACACACACACACACACAAAAUGUUAUUCCAUACCGCAGUGUUUAUUUAUCUUCACACACAGACCGUUUUUUAAAUGAUUAUUUUGACUCUGUUGUAAUGUUAUUUUGGUUUGGUAUGGGGACUUUGAUGAUGACGCUUGUUAAGUAUAUUGGAUCUGUGACAGCUUUAGAAAUAUCAUGAUGUGGUAUCCAUUGCGACUGCUAUCAAGUACACAUGUAAUAUGUUUAGUGACUUACUUAUUUAAUUCAGAUGUGCCCAUAUCCAUUCAGGAUUCAGACACACGAAUACUGUGCACAGUUACUAACAUCAGCAAUUGCUGGGCACAGGACAGAUACUAUCUUUCUGAAGAAUUCUAGUUAGUUGGUUUAAGGGGACAUACUAAUGAAUAAAAAUAUUGAUUAAUUUAGGAAAUAGACGACCGUGAGCGAUUUAAUAAUGAGGUGACCAAACAUGGCCCGGCUAUGGUGUUACACUUCUUUUUAUACAACAUAACGUUUGUUAUUAUACAUCAUACAUGUGUAGACAAAAAUUAAAUAUUGAGGUACCAAGUGUAUCUGUGUUUUUGUAAAUGCUCGACUUAUAACAAGAAUUUUCAAAUCGUCCAUCUUUCUUUUUAAGGAUUUAUAAUUCAAAAUGCGGGGUGUUUAACUUGCAUGUGAAUCAGAGAACAUUAAGUAAUCAAUUUUAUGUCGUUUAAUCUUUCGUUCUCCUUGAGGAAAACGUAAACAAUGCGUAUUUAUUUUACCCCACGCUUUACGUUUGCGUAACUACCAGGGCCCCGUUCCACGAACAAACUGUAGCUAAGGUUAAUUGUAGUGAUUUAAGGUGAGUUUUACAACUGGCACGGGAAGUGCAAAUAAAAGAUCCCUUGCUGCCUGUCGUAAAAAGAGUAGCC